CGACAAUAAACAAGCAGCAUUCCAGCAUCGACAGCGCGGGGCAGACUGGUCCAUCACCAAUUCCACGACUCCAUGGCCAACGCCCCUGACUCCAUUCACUACUGACACAAUUACGCUGCCAUUGGCGAAAUCCUGCUUGGCUCUCAAAAUGGCUGCCGCCGGCUAUAUACAAACAUCCCUCAUCUGGGUGGCCUACGCCGUUGCCGUCGGCCUGGCCCUUAUUGCGGCUGCUAUCACGACCUUUACCUGGCAAACCCACCGCGAUCGAUCCGCCAUAGUAAGCACCGUCACCAUCGUCAGUAUCACCGCUUUGCUUGCGACCGUCUUCCUCCUUCCCGUCGACAUCGCCUUGGUGUCAUCAACAACGUCCACUGCGCUCGGCACGAAGAAAGAUUGGGCCACGCCGAACCGAAUACACAACAUCCUUCUUACGCUAAAGAUCGUCUAUUACUCUUUAUAUAGCUUCGAUGCGCUGCUUUGCCUGGUCGUUAUCCCUUUCUCUUAUUUCUGGUACGAGGAAUACGAUGAGGUCGAGGAACAGGAAGGGCAUCAGACGUUCGCAAGCCGAUUAUGGGGAGCUUUCAAAUACACAAUCGCAUUUAUAUUCCUGGUGGUCAUCAUAUUCUUGAUUGGAUUCUUCGUCCCCGCUGCUGGUAACCGUGACGGCAAACACCUCGACCUCGACUUCUUCAAACGACUUCUCGACGUAAACCACGGCGAGAAAGCCUUGACUUUCGGGCUAGGUCUUCUUAUCACGCUCGGGACUCUACUCUAUGUUCUCUACACCGGUGCCGGGCUUGCUCUUUUGCCAAUAUCCUUCAUUAAGUCAGCGCCCUCAGUCUCUGCCCCGCAGCUUUACGAAAACACUGCUUCACAACUUGAGCAGAACAGAGAAAGGCAACGACAACUAGAAUUACGCAGUUCUGGCCGUCCAGACGGGAUGCCCGCUAAGGAUAGGCGUGAACUCGAGGCUCUUGCCCGCGAGGAACGAACCCUAGUGCGACGAGAGCGGUUGGCUGCGGAAGCCCAAGGCCAGGGCAAGACCUUUAUCGUGCGCACGUGGGCUAAAGUUUGCGCAGUAUUUCGACCUAUCAAGCUUAUUGGAGGCAUUCUCCUUAUCCUCCUCUCACUCCUCGUUUGGGUGUCAAUGUUGAUCACUGGUAUCGACAAGGCAGCCAACUCGGUCUGCAAGGAACACUGCGGUUAUAUCCUAGCGCAUAUCAACGUGUUCCAACCUAUCAACUGGAUAUUCGUAAAGACCGCUCGCGCUUUCCCUGUUGACUACGUUCUGAUGGCACUACUCAUCCUUCUCUUCUUUAGCAGCUCCAUCACAGGUAUUGCUACCAUCGGCAUCCGCUUCCUGUGGCUGCGAAUCUUCCAAAUCCGCAAAGGUCGAACUGCUCCGCAAGCACUGCUGAUGGCUACCGUUAUGCUUGCGCUCAUCACCCUCGCGAUCAACUAUGCUAUCGCCAUGCUAGUUGCGCCUCAAUAUGCAAGCUAUGGUACCCAGACGUUUUGCGACCUGCCGCCACAUCACGCCGAUGAACUCCCUGACUGUAGCAAGAACCCCGAGGCAGUUAAACCUUGUUCCGAGUGGGUUAAUUCGCACAAUACCGCUACACGAGUCUGCACUCCGACUAUGAUGUCGACCUUCCUCAAUCGAAUCACGCUCACUUGGCCCGUGUUCGGUGCAAUUGACUUCUGGGCUCAGUUCGCGUUCCUCAGCGUAUUUCUCAUUGUCUUCGUGACCGCGUUAUUCCGGACGCCCAAGUUAAAUCUUAGUGAGAUCGAUGAAGAAGCUGAGGCUGAUGAAGAGGAAGGUCUCCUUGCCAGCACGGGACGUCGAUUUGGUGCCACCUGGCAAGACAUCACAGGCAGACCGAAGAGGGAUACAUACGGCUCAGCUGGCACAGCCACAGGCUCUGGUUCUGGUUCCAAUUCAAACGGCCACUAAUCCCAGGCAGAUUUCUUUAUCUCGAAAAUUAAAAGAGCUACUGUUAUCCCCUUAGCAACUAAGAAAGGGUAUUUGCUAGUGUUAUUAAGUUGUGUGUCUAUCCUUUUGCACCAUUAACAUGCGGUGUGUACGAUGAACUGUAGUAAAAAGAACAAGGACUGGAUGGAAUUGGAGCCCUGCAAUGGAAAACUGGCGCGUUUGUGGUAACUGGUAUCAGGGGAACAAGGGAAAUUGUGAGGAGUUGAGCGCAUACACUUUGGAGACUUAGUGUCAUUUAUUCUUAACUGUCUGUCUGUCUUUACGGCUAUCCAUGGAAUAAGAACUAUUGCAUUAUAAAUCUACC